AGAAGAGUAAGGAGUCACGACUGCAAAUUUGUUAUGCGACAUGUCGAAAAAUGUGCAGUGUGAAAUGCGGCAGCACUAAGCAAUAGUUGAUGUUGUUUAGUUGUAGAUGAAAGAGAAACUGUCACAUCAGACUUUUACCCAGUAAGUGGAAACACUCACUGUCUUUCGGGUUGAAUUAGUUUCGCUUUGAUGCUGUUUAGGGUGAAAAUAUAGGGUCUUUAAAGUGUUGUGAAAACAAAAUAAGAUUUCCAGUGUGUACAUGACACUAACCUGCUUCUGUUUCAGCGGGUUCGUCCACUGAUCCUCCCCCCCAAAAAAAGCGAUGCUGGUCACCGUUUUCUGCGCGCCGAGGGAUCGCCCAGAAACCACCUUCGCCCUCGAUGUUUCCCCGGAGCUGGAGCUGAGAGACUUUGUAGCACUUUGUGAACUGGAAUCAGGAAUCCCAGCUGGGGAAAUCCAGGUCACAUAUGUGGAACAACCCCUAAAAGAUCCAACGCGUGCCUUGGGAAACUACGGUGUUAAGGAUGGAGAUGUGGUGGUGCUGCGGCAAGCUGACAGAAGACCACCUCCAACUCAGCCAGCCUUCCCAGGUCUGCCCCGUAUUGACUUUCGUUCCAUCACAGUCCCCGGCACCUCUUCUUCAACCAGUCAACGCAGUGCUCCACCACCGCAGCAGCAGCAGCAGCAGCAGCAGCAGCAGCAGGCUCCACAACCGCCACCGGAGCAGCCGCUGCCCCCACAGCGCGCGGCACAAUCUUCGACGCCAACGGCCUUCCGUGGCUCCUCUCCUCAGGGGCUCGAUGACCCUGCCUUACUUCAGCAGAUGCUUUUAUCCAAUCCACAUGAGCUCUCGCUCCUCAAGGAGAGAAACCCGCCACUCGCUGAGGCACUGCUCAGCGGAGACUUGGAGCGUUUCACCAAAGUGCUGCUGGAGCAACAGCAGGAUCGAGCCAAGAGAGAGCAGGAGAGGAUCAGACUCCUGACAGCUGAUCCCUUUGAUUUGGAAGCCCAAGCAAAGAUUGAGGAGGACAUCAGGCAGCACAAUGUGGAGGAAAACAUGACCAUUGCAAUGGAGGAGGCCCCUGAGAGCUUUGGACAGGUGGUUAUGCUCUACAUUAACUGCAAAGUCAAUGGGCACCCUGUGAAAGCUUUUGUUGACUCAGGAGCCCAGAUGACCAUCAUGAGCCAAGCGUGUGCUGAGCGCUGUAACAUCAUGCGGCUAGUGGACCGCCGCUGGGCCGGGAUCGCCAAGGGAGUGGGCACCCAGAAGAUCAUUGGCAGAGUACAUUUGGCUCAGGUCCAGAUUGAAGGUGACUUCCUUCCUUGUUCUUUCUCCAUCUUGGAGGACCAGCCAAUGGACAUGCUACUGGGCUUGGAUAUGCUGAAGAGACACCAGUGUUCCAUCGACCUGAAGAAGAACACACUUCUAAUAAGCACCACUGGCACUGAAACUAGCUUCCUGUCCGAGGCGGAGCUCCCAGAGUGUGCCAGAUUGGCGUACGGAGCAGAAGGGCGGGAAGAUGCCCGUCCUGAUGAGAUGGCUGACAGAGAACUGGCGGAGGCUCUGCAGAGGUCCAUACAGGAAAGUGACACUGCAGAUGGACAAACUACCUCACCACAGCCCCCACCAUUUACAUUACCCAGAACCUUAGACCAAAUGUCCUCAUCCACCUCCCCUUCUCAAAGCUCGUCCUCUGGCCAGAGUCAAACCCUGGAUCGCUCUCAGUCAGCCCCGGCCGCCAUGACGCAGUCCUUGGCUUCAGGGCUGUGUGAGGACCAACAUGACAUCCAGAGGCUUCCUCUGCCUUCGCCCCCAGCAGAGGAUGUGGAUUCUGCACCUCCUCAGGCCCAGCCUCCACCUCUGCCUGUCCAAAGCAUCUCCAAAGUGCCCCCUGUACCGAGUUCCUCAGCUGACGUUGUCCCUACUCCUGCGGAAUUGUAUCCGGGGGUUGAGGUACAGCCUGGAGCUGCAGAGGGGGACGCUGAAUCAAAUGAGGUCCUCCCCAGUCAAGAGGAACUCUACCCUUUUCAACCCAUGGAGCAGGAGGAGCCAGAGGCCGACACAGCUGAUGCCACAGAAGCCUGUCCGUGUGCACCUAUCCAACCUGAGUCAGUUGAAAUGGAGUCCCCGACUGCCUCCCAGGGCGCAGUGUCAUCAGAGAGGGACCAGCCUGAAGGAGAGCACUCCUCCAGCUCUGACAGCACGCCAUCACUGGCCGCUGCUCUCAAAGAGCUUCACGAGCUGCUUGUGUCCAACAACCGUGGUCAGUCGCAAAGCCGAAGCAACUCCUGCUCCCCAUCGCAUCCAUUCAGACAGGAAACUGACGACGUUUUCCCCGAGCCACGCACUCAGACACCCGAAAUGUCUAACAUCCCCUCUACUGCCAUCACAGCUGGUGCAGAAACAAGCGAUGCCAAAGCCAACCAUGAUGCUGCUGCUGUGUCCGAUGAGGGACAAUCAACGUGUCUUGUGUCUGUGGCAUCAUCUGCGUUCACCGACGAGGAUGAGAUUCUGGGUGGAGAUGGCGCUGACACUUUGGAGAAACAAGUACCACCACAGCGUACAGAUAUCAUCAAGGAGGGGAAGAAUGAUGGGGGACUUGGGCAAGAUAAAGCUAAUGGCAUCAGCACUUUUCAACCUGAGCAGGAGGUUUCUCUUGAUCCUGCAGGGGACCUGAAGUUCAGAGAACCUCCGGAGGGGCAGCAGGGGAGAGGGGUCGCAGAUGGACGAGCCUCUGGCACUAAUACCCCUGACACUCUAGGCCUCCAGACUGAGCACCCCUUUCUCAGCCCUCUGUCCAUGGCAGUGGGCUCACCUGAGGAAGUCUCUAGCACCUCGUCUUCCCCUUCCCCUUCUCUUGCUCAGGCUACCCAGGUCACAUCUCUGGUCCCCCCUCCGUCUUCCCCGCAUCCCUUUAUAGAACAAUUUCCAGCUGAGCACAUCCAGAGAAUCCAGGCAGCCGGCUUUUCUGCCAUGGAGGCUGCUGAGGCACUGCAGCAAGCUCACGGGGUCGUGGAGCUAGCUCUGCUGGCGCUGCUAGCCCGCAGUAUCACUGUGCCCACCUAGACUCAUAAUUGUCACGCAGCCUCCCAACUCAGCAUCUGUCUUAUUUAUACCUUGUUACUGAUCAAGAUGUCUCGUCCCUUCUAAGGGAGCACGUAAAAACACAGGGAAACGCCGUCUCUUGAUUUGUUGUUCAGGAUAUCCAAAAACUAAGGGGACAACUGGUAAAAACUUUUCUGGAUAUUGCAGAUAUGUGAGGUGUGUUUGCAUGCAGAUGUUUUGGGUGCCCACCCAUUCAUUGAUUUUUAGAGAUUUGGUAUGGUAGAUUGAUUUUGUUCUUUUUUUUUUGUCCAACAUUGACACAUUAUAAAAUGCCCAAUUGUAUGAUUUGAUUAUUGAAACAUUAUUAUUAUAAGCUCCCCUAUGAUGUCAUAAAUCUAUUUUUUUUUCUCUAAACGUGUGAGCACCAAUACAAACUGUCAGAAUGGAGUAGCAAUACUCCGACUUUUACUCCUACAAAUAUUGAUAUUUAAAGCAAUCUGCCGAUCUAUCAUUUUUAAUUCGGCUUGUUCCCCCAAUCUUUAACAACUCAGAACCCAAUGACGGAAAUGCAACAUAUUGGGAUCUGCUGCCGUUAGAAGAGUGGAUCACUCUUGAUCAGGUUUAAAAAAAUUAAUUCUCCAGAAGUCCACACAUGGGUCAUCACACUGAAAUAUCGAAGGAGCCACUAGUGUAUUUGUCGAUGUGUGAUCGUAAAUGGAAUUUUUGGGUUAAGUGUGUGUAUUACAGAGGGUAUCUUGUACUGUAUGUGUCAUUCUCCACAGUUGGGGAGCUUUGCCAUGUGUGGAUCAUGAAAACCAGUUUAUACUUCCUGUUCAACAAGUCUUUUUAUUUUGUGUCAAACGAUCAUAGUUUGUGUUCCUACUUAAAAUCAUCCAUUUUUCGUUUUCUUUUAUGUUAGAAUUUGGUCAUCUGCGUCCAUCAAAUGUUUUGUCAGUACAUUAUAUAUCAAGUAUUUUAAUGGCUUUAUUUCAGUCAUAUACCAACAAUGUUCAGGCAAGUUGAAUUAUCUACUUUUAUCUUGUAUGAAAUUUUAAACUGCAAAUAAAACGGAACUAGUAUUUGUA